AUGCCCAACCCGUCACCGCCCUCGUCGGCCGCCUCCUCCGUUGACCGCCAGUACCAUGUCAACGGCAGGGCAGCCGUUGUGGCUUCGCGCGAGAGGGGCCCAGGCACACCGCGGAAGGAGAAGUCUGGGCCAAGAGAGAGCUCCGCCUUGCAGGACCCGGGGUUGAAGGACUAUCGUUUGGGAGAGUGCCUCGGGAAGGGAGCUUUUGGAUCCGUCUACAAGGCUUUCAAUUGGGGCACGGGUGAGGCCGUUGCGGUCAAGCAGAUCAAGCUUGUUGACCUGCCCAAAAGCGAGCUGCGUAUGAUCGAGUCCGAAAUCGAUCUUCUGAAGAACUUGCAUCAUGACAAUAUUGUCAAGUACAUUGGCUUCGUGAAGUCGGCUGAUUGUCUCAACAUUAUACUUGAGUACUGCGAGAACGGCUCUCUCCACUCGAUAUGCAAGUCCUACGGCAAGUUUCCCGAGAAUCUGGUUGGCGUCUACAUGACCCAGGUCUUGCAAGGUCUGCAUUACCUUCACGACCAGGGUGUCAUUCACAGAGACAUCAAGGGCGCCAACAUUCUCACCACCAAGGACGGGACGGUCAAGCUCGCUGAUUUUGGAGUCUCCACGAGUACGCUUGCUGGUGGGCAAGACAAGGAGGCCCAGGUCGUCGGAACGCCAUAUUGGAUGGCACCCGAAAUCAUCCAACUUUCUGGGGCCAGUCCUGCGUCUGAUAUCUGGAGUGUGGGAUGCACGGUCAUUGAGUUGCUGCAGGGUAAACCGCCGUACCACAACCUCGCAGCGAUGCCCGCGCUGUUUGCUAUUGUCAACGAUGACCACCCACCACUACCUGAGGGUAUUUCUCCGGCCGCACGAGACUUUUUGAUGCAAUGUUUCCAAAAAGACCCAAAUCUGAGAGUGACUGCGAGAAAACUUUUACGACACGCGUGGAUCAUCGGGUGCCGAAGGAGCGACGCGCCCGUGUCCAAGCCGCCAGCUAAUUUCAGCCAAGCUGUGGAGGAAGUCAAGCAGUGGAACAAGGCCCUCAAGUCGUCCGAGACCUCACUUAGGGUGUCGAUGGGUUCGGAUAGCGGGGUUCCAGGACUGCAAGGACAUCCCGGGUCGAGGUUCAACGCCAACGAACCGCUCCGACCGAAUCUGACUACACAGCCGAAGGGCCCGUUAGCCCUCGCGAAACCGAGGCGGACCCCGGAGGCAUUCAGGUCUCCUGAACUCGCAGACGACGACAACUGGGACAACGACUUUGCGACAGCCAUCUCACCGAGUGCGCUACAUCUGCCGCAUCUGAAGCCACAGGAUAAUUUUGGCGGCUUGCUGUCUGCUGAUAAGCUCAAGGCCUUCGCCUCGAUCACGGAUGCCCGCAAUGAUUCUGAAAGCUACGACGAAGACUUCGAGGGAGAGCUUUUGACUAUUAAGGGACCGCGGUUUAACGACAUCGACUACCAGGAGCAGACGAUUCGUCCUACGCCCCGUAAGAAGAGCGAUAAAUAUGCAGACCCCAUGAAGCUGCAAUCUCCUCCAAAACCUACCCCUCGGAAACACUCGAGGAAUUCGUCGCGUCCAAAGUCGCCCGUCAAGCCACAGCUCGGUCCCAGCAAGUUCGAAAUCCCCGCUCCCCCGGAUUUGGCAUACAGGGAGCAAAACCCAGAAGACUAUUCGGAUCUUUUCUUCGACAAUGACGGCGUUUUCAACGAUAACAAGUUGAACCCCUUUGUCAAGAAGCAAGUUGAUUCUCCUCAACUGUUUCACCCUUCAGACCUCACAAGUCUACCUCGCUCUACACAGUUACCAGUGGCAGGAAGCUCAAGACGGCCGACCGGUCAAAAGCUGCGUCCAUCCGUAUUGCCAGACCGACCCAUGCGGAGAACCCGGUCAUCGAUCGAAAUCCAGAAGUUCGCCGAGGAUGAGGGUGAUGAGGAUUUCUCUGACAUUUUCGGCCCUGAAGAUGCAGUGACAGAAAGAGAAGAAAGCGACAGGGGCUCGGAAGAUGGCGGCCUCAUGCUGAUGUCUAAGAUGUCGAAUAACUCCUGGCUAGGAGACGACGAGGAUGAAGAUGACCCGUUCGCCUUUAUGGACCCCGGCUGGGAUGAAAUGGACCUGGAAGCAAAUAUUGCCAGGGAUCGACACGCAAGGCUUGCAGAAAAGGUGGAAGAGCUGGUUCGGUCUCUCAAGACAUCAGAGGGCGAGGAGAGGUUAUGCGAGCUUUCCGAGGACCUGUUUGCGUUGUUAUGGGAGAACAACGAUGUCAAGGAUCUAAUCCUCAGUGCACAUGGUCUGUUGCCUAUUCUUGAGAUUUUGGAGCCCUGCACCGUCAAAAGCAAGCAGCAGAUGAUUCUGGCGCUCUUGAAAGUCGUCAAUACUAUCAUUCUGGACGACGUCGAGAUUCAGGAGAACCUGUGCUUCGUGGGCGGCAUCCCAAUCAUCACCAAGUUCUCGGCUCGACAGUACUCGAACGAGAUCAGACUGGAAGCAGCCGCUUUCGUUCGUCAAAUGUACCAGACGUCAACACUAACCCUGCAGAUGUUUGUCAGUGCCGGAGGUCUGAACGUCUUGGUCGAGUUCUUGGAUGAAGAUUUCGACGACGCUCGAGACUUGGUGCUGAUUGGCGUCAACGGCAUCUGGAACGUCUUCGAGCUCCAGGGGCCUACACCGAAGAACGAUUUCUGCAGAAUCUUCUCCAGAAGCAAGAUUCUCUACCCUCUUGCGUUGGUGCUUCACAGAGUGCUCGACGAGGAGGGCGAGGACGAGCUGUCCGAACUCAUCGAGGGCCGAAUCGUCAAUAUCUUCUACCUCUUCUCACAGGCCGAGAACUACGUCAAGGAGGUCGUUGCUGAUCGCCAGGUGCUGAAGAGCGUUUUGAAAGACCUGCGACGAAUGACGCCAAAUCACCAAAUUACGAUGCUCAAGUUCAUCAAGAACCUCUCCAUGCUCUCUACAACGAUAGAGACCCUCCAUACGGCUGAUGCCAUCGAUUUCCUCAUCGACGUCCUCAGCUACAGUAUGAAGAAGGGACACAAGCACUUCCGAGAGAUCUCUAACCAGGUCCUGAACACACUGUUUAACCUGUGUCGCCUGAGCAAGGAGCGGCAAGAGGACGCCGCCGUCGGUGGCAUUAUCCCCCUGCUGAUGAAGAUUAUGCAGACCGACCGGCCACCAAAGGAGUUUGCCCUACCUAUUCUCUGUGAUAUGGCUCAUUCGGGAAGCAAAGGCCGCAGGUAUCUGUGGCAGAACAAGGGUUUGGACUUCUAUGUCUCCCUGCUGGCAGAUCAAUAUUGGCAGGUCACAGCCCUGGAUGCCAUUUUCAUCUGGCUCCAAGAGGAAACAGCAAAGGUGGAGAGCCAUCUCCUCGACGGGAAGUUUACAGAUGCCAUCGUUGCCUGCUUCCAUACGAACAAGCUCAACUCCUUCGACCCCAAUCUUUUGGAGCCGCUGCUCAAGCUCCUGCGGUUGAGUCCCUCAAUUGCUGGCUCCCUUGCGAAGCCUGAAAUGUUCGCCGGCAUCGGACAGAGACUGGGACACAAGAAGGCAGUCGUCAGACUCAACCUUCUCCGUCUCGUUCGUAACAUUAUGGACGCAUGUGACCCUGAGAGCAUUGGCAUGGGCAAUGGCAGCAGUUCUCUGAAUAUCAAGCAAGUACGCUCCCUAUUCGACGCCAUUCAGACUUUGGCGGAGAAGGAUUCCGCGGUGCUGGUGCGCAACCUCGCGUCAGAGCUUGUCAAGUCGCACAACGAGAGCGAGCUUUACGACAUGGCCUCGGAACGAAAGGGCUCGUCCGGGUCUGUGGCGUCGCGGCGCUCUGGAUCCGGGCCAAGGCGGAAGUCUUCCUACACGCCUCCGGGGCUGCACCACGCUAUGUCGAUGCCGGCGACCCCGACACAGUCUCAGUCACGUCAUCCCCGCCUUUCGCAGAUGUCGUCCGGCUCUGGAGCGGCGUUUAUCGAAGUCGCGGCCAGUCCACGACGGACUGCGGUACAGGAGCGAGAAGCUAUCCUCUACCGCCCACGCAGCAGAGAUGGCGUAACGGCUAUUCCCAGGCGCGUCAGUGGCGACGUGUCGGCAGGAAUGCCCAACGGGCCCACAGGCAAGAGCAGGUUGCCGCGCCACUCCUUUGCGCGACCCACGAGCUCCAGCUCAUCUGGGCAGCCUCCUCUGGUGAGAUCGGAGAGCUCCAUGUCGAAUAAGGAGAAUUUUAGUAGAAAUCCGUCGGCCGUGUCUGCUCCCGCCGCGUCACCUGCUCCCUCAUCGAGUACGAGCAGUAAACGCAGGAGUAGGGCUCCCAGUUCCGACGUCAAGUGGCCUUAA